UCUGCCGCUCAGUGGCUGAAGAAUGUCACAGCCACCCCAGCCAAGCAGGGUGUGGCUUGUGCCUAUUAGCUCAACGCUCGGAAGGUUGAAGCAGGAGGCUUGCUACGAGUUUGGGGCCAGCCUCAACUACAAACCAGUCCAAGCUAGUCUGAGCUGUCUCAAAAAAAAAAAAAGAAAAAGAAAAAGAAAAAGGAAGGAAAGAAGCCUGGGGGGGGGAGGGGAGUCCUUGGCGUUCCUGGAGAGUUUUGAGGUCCGUGGUGAUCAGGUAGGAUCUCCGAGUCAGGUGUCACAGGAUUGAAACAUCAGCACCCACUGCUGUCCCAGCUGGAGCAGCUUUAUGUCUCGUCUUUCUCCAUGCCAGAGGUCAGAGCAUGGCUCCCUGGUGCCCGGCAGCAUGCGGAUAGCCCAGCCAGACAUGGUCUCUUCAGCCCCUACUGCGGGGGACAGGCUGGCUCGACUUUUAGAUGGAGCAGGCGAGAGCCCGCUGGGGGUCCUCAGCGCCCCAGAGCCCCUUCUUCGACUGCAGAGGACGCAGGGGGUGUGGCAGGUCCCAGAGCUGGAUGUUCAGCAUGCCAAGGCCUUUCUGGAGCUGUGGCCGCUGGGGAGCUUCCUGGUCGUAGGACACGGUCCUAGCCAGGUCUUGACGCUGAAGGCGGGACCCUCGUCAGCAGACAUCAACACCUAUCCGAUUCGGAAGGUUCCAGGAGGUGUAGCCCUGGAAUCCUCCAACCUCUUCAUGCCAGACCUUCCCCACCUCCUGGCCUUUCUGGCAGCCAGCAGAUCCUCUGCGACUUGGCCGCGUCCAGGUGGACACCUCAGGGAGGGUGCUGUCUGUAGUGAACCAGCUCUACCUGGAGACCCAUGGAAGCUGGGGAGCAGAGCAGCCGCCACAGCAAACGGAGCCAGAGACUCACCAGAUACACAGUCUAGGUCAGCUGGGCGGGGCCUGGGUACCCAGAGGGAUGAGGGAAUGGAUGCUACUGAACUUAGAGCCCCAGCCUGCUUCUCACAUCCAGCCCCCAGGAAUCCCACCCCACACCGGGUCUCCUGGGUGGAAGAGCCACCGAAACCGGAAGUUCACCUUGCUGGACAGGAAGUGCAUCAUCCUGACCUACAGGAGCGCCAUCCUGGAGCCCAAGUGCGCUUUCUUAGGCCUGCUCUAGCUCAUGUGGUGGAAGAGGAGGAGGAAGUGAGCAAUGAAAACUACAGAGAUGAGGAGGAAGGCCGCGAGGAUUUGCUCACCGCCCACAUCCGUGCUCUGGCCAGGGCCAGGAGCAGCUAUGUAGCCAGGCAGUACCGAUGCCUUCAGGCACGCCUCGUCUCAGAUUCUGGAAAUCCCUACAAGCCCGGGGACCCGGCCACCGAGCUGCUUCAGGAUGUGCGCCAGCUCCUCACUGACCUCCAGAACUACCUGGCAAAAGACCCCGACGUCAGAGCUGUCUUUGGGAACAGGGGACCUAGGGCUCCUCAGGACCAGGAUCUUGGCCCUGCCGUGGAGGUGGCCCUGUGUCGGGCGGUUCUGGAGCCCCUGAAGCCCGCCCUGUGGACCAAACUCCGAACUCUCAGAGCCCAGGAGCUGCGGAGGCUGCGCCGGCGCCAGAUAGCCCUGCGGGCGGGGGCGGGGCCCGAGGGGCACGGCCCCGCCCCCGCCCUGCGGAGCCGGAUCCACGCGCGCCUGGCGCACUUGCACUCCGCGUGCGCCCCGCGCCGCAAGGUGGCGCUGCUGCUGGCGGUGUGCAGCGACGUUUACGCGGGCCUGGCUGGCGGCGAGAAGGAAGAGCCCCUGGGGGCGGACGCCUUUUUGCCCGCCCUGACGGAGGAGCUGAUCUGGAGUCCACACAUUGGGGAGACGCAGCUGGAUGUGGAGUUCCUUAUGGAGCUCUUAGAUCCGGAGUCGCUGCGGGGAGAAGCGGGGUACUACCUCACCACGUGGUUUGGGGCUCUCUACCACAUCGCUCACUACCAGCCAGAGGCUGGCCGCGCGCCCCAGGGGCUCAGCUCGGAGGCCCGGGACUCCCUGCGCCAGUGGCACCGAAGGAGGACACUGCACCAGCAGACCCAGGCCACAGCUCAGGCCCACCUGCCCUUUGAGGAGCCAUGGGCAACAGGGGACCAGUAAUGAUUGGAGCCUUCACUUCCGAACCUUUGGCCCACUCCUCUGCUUAAGCAAGAUGCCCGAGGCAUCGGGGUCAGCACGGAGGGUGGGACAGGGAAGGGGCCCUGCCUUUCACACUGGCUGUUCCUACUUAGAGCAAGACCUUUUCGGCACUCUUCCUUCCCCUCCUUCUGGUCUGCCCAGGAGUUAGCUCAGUGGAGAUCUCCCCAGCAAAUGUAACCCCCCAAACAGUAUUACAACGACAGCCCUGUCACCUGAAUCUCUUUGGGGCAUGUCGAUCCCGACCCCAUCAGUGACACAGGGAGACUUUACCUGGUUAAGAUUUGUUUUAUUUGGUUUUUAGAGACAGGGUUUCUCUGUGUAGUCCUGGCAGUCCUGGACUCACUGUAUAGACCAGGUUGGUCUAAACCCACAGAGAUCCACCUGCCUCUGCCUCCCAGGUGCGGGGAUUAAAGGUCUGAGCCACCACCGCCUGGCUAGUCAAGAUAUCAAAUAACAACCUGUCAGGACCUGAGAUGGGAGUUUAUUCUGGAUGCUUCUGCCCUCUGUGUAGUCAAGAAGAUGGCAGAGGUAUGGCCAUGUCCUGAGCCUGGGCCCCCAGCUACGCAGCGAAACGAGGUGGGGGAAUUACUUGAGGCCAGGAACACGAGGACGCCGUGGCACUGAAACAGUAGGUGUUCAGGAAGCACUGGAACAGGUUUUUUAUCAGCCUUGAAAACAUGGGUGCCCUAGUCUAUGGGACCCAUCGACGUUACCUUAUUUGGCAAAAGUGUUUGUGCAGCCAUUAUAAUAAUUAAUUAUUAUUAUAUUGUUGUUGUUUUUUUUUUGUUUGUUCAAGGCAGGGUUUCUCUGUGUAGCCUGGCUGUCCUGGAACUCGCUGUGUAGACCAGGCUGGCCUCAAACUAAGAGAUCAGCCUGUCUCUGCCUCUGCCUCCCAAGUGCUGGGAUCAAAGAUAUGAGCUGACCUGGCCCAGCUUGUACAGCCAUUAUUAAAGAUAGUAAAGUGAGGGAUAGAGGCCAGGGGAUUGUGUCUGUGGCUCCAAGAAUAUUCACAGGAUAUGGGACACAAGGAGAACUGAUGGGAACAAGAAAGAGAGUAAAGACAAGCCUCAAGAUGUGGAAACCAUAAGACACUGGGCAGCUUGGGCAAAGGCUCCUCCCCCAACACCCUCAGAAGUCAUGUGACUCCGCAGACACCCUGGUUUUUGUGAGAUAGUGAUGUCGGAACUCUGGCCUUCAAGCCAGUGUGAUGGAGCAGUGUGAUCCCAGCACUCAGGGAGGCAGAAGCAGGUGGAUCUCAGUGAGUUGGAGGCUAGCCUGGUCUACAGUGAGUCCAGGACAGCUAAGGCCACACAGAACCCAAAACCACAACAAAACCCAAAAAACUCUGACCUUCAGAAUUAUGAGCAAAUAAAUUCCUGCUGUCUUAAGAC